AUGACGCGUUUAAAGUAUCUUGACCUUUCCAACAAUAAUUUUACGGGAACCGUACCCAUGUUCAUUGGUUCCAUGACUCAGUUAAGGUAUCUUUACCUUGGUUUGAAUGAUUUUAUUGGAACAAUUCCUUCGGAAUUUCAAAACCUCACGAACUUGCAAGAGCUUUCACUUGAAUCUCUCAAUGGUUGUACAAUUGAGAAUCUAGAUUGGUUGUCUCAUUUGGAGGGCCUUGAUAUGUCAAGAAAAAUCCCUGAUGAACUAACGGAUCUCAAGAAACUGAUUGCACUCGACCUGUCAAUGAAUGCUUUGGUUGGAGAGAUUCCAACGAAUAUUGGUCAGAUGAAAGAACUUCUAAUUUUGGAUCUAUCCAGAAACAAUCUUUCAGGAAGAAUACCAUCCAGCAUGUCUCACAUGACCUUAUUAAACUAUCUAGACGUGUCGUAUAACAACUUGUCAGGAAGAAUUCCAUCUGGCACUCAACUCCAGUCCUUUGAACCUUCAAGGUACAUCGGAAAUGCAGGAUUAUGUGGACUUCCCUUGUCCAAAUAUUGUCCAGGAGACAAAGAAUUAGAAGGUCCACUCGUCACUCGUGAAAAUAUGGAUGAUGGGGAAGGCAUAGAUGAUCUUCAAAGAUGGUUUUAUAUUGGAGGGGCCACUGGUUUUGCUACCGGAUUUUGGAUGGCAUGUAUUGCUUUACUUGUCAAUCGCCGUGCGAGACAUGCUUUGUUUCAUUUUCUGAAUAGCUUGGAAAAUUGGGUUUAUGUAAAGGUCAUGGUGUUUAUUGCAAAGAUGGUUGCACAUCCAUAG